CCUUUGGCGCAGACAAAAGAGCAAAUUGCAGCUGGACAGGUACUGCUUGUGCACUAGAUACAGACCCAGGGCACCGUGUGGCGGGAAAGCAGAAGCGGUCCCGGCCACAUGUACGAGAAAAGAGCUUCCUUGUGGACUAAUUCAGCAGGGAAAGAAUGGCAUUGAAACAGAUUUCCAGCAACAAGUGCUUUGGGGGAUUCCAGAAAGUUUUUGAACAUGACAGCGUCGAACUGAGCUGCAAAAUGAAAUUUGCCAUCUACUUACCGCCUAAGGCAGAGACCGGAAACUGUCCCGCACUCUAUUGGCUGUCUGGUUUAACUUGCACAGAACAGAACUUCAUAUCCAAGUCCGGCUUCCAGCAGGCCGCCUCGGAGCACGGCCUGGUGGUCGUCGCCCCCGACACCAGCCCUCGUGGCUGCAGCAUUCAAGGAGAGGACGAGAGCUGGGACUUCGGCACUGGCGCUGGGUUUUAUGUGAACGCCACCGAAGGGCCUUGGAAAACGAACUACAGGAUGUACUCCUACGUAACGGAGGAGCUUCCCCAACUCAUCAAUGCCAAUUUCCCGGUGGACCCCCAGCGGAUGUCUGUUUUUGGCCACUCCAUGGGAGGCCACGGGGCCCUGAUCUGUGCUUUGAAGAACCCUGGAAAAUACAAAUCUGUGUCAGCAUUUGCUCCAAUUUGCAAUCCAGUGCUUUGUCCCUGGGGCAAAAAAGCCUUUGGUGGAUAUCUGGGAACAGAUCAAAGUAAAUGGAAGGCGUAUGAUGCUACCCACCUCGUGAAGGCCUACCCGGGGCCUCAGCUGGACGUACUGAUCGACCAGGGGAAGGACGACCAGUUCCUCCUGGACGGACAGCUGCUGCCCGACAACUUCAUAGCUGCCUGCGCAGAAAAGAAAAUCCCGGUCGUGUUCAGAUUGCAAGAGGGUUAUGAUCACAGCUACUACUUCAUUGCAACCUUUAUUACUGAUCACAUCAGACAUCAUGCAAAAUACCUGAAUGCUUGAAAAACGGCGGAUAAGAGACUCUCUUCAGGAUUUUAAAAAUUGUAAUAAACAGAAUUGCAGGGAAAAAAAGAUUUCAAAACAUUGUAUCGCAUAAUGCUAAAAAUGCUUCGUUCUAUAGUUAAAUCACCUUCUGGAUAAAUACAUGAA